AUGGUAGUUUUCAUAAGUUUGUCCAUCCAUCCCCCCGGCAAUCCGUAUGCCCGUGACCAGAAGACAAAUACCCGAAAUCUAUCGCCCACCAGAGAACUCCACCGCUUGUCGUUCCAUAACAUGUCAUCUUGGUUGUACGCCAGUAUCCUUUGGUCCCCCGAACUUUUUUUUGAGCCCUACAAUCAAGUGUAAGGGAAUCCAGAAUCC